GACUCCAAAUUCCCCUCCUGCCGCACCCUCCCUCGAUCGAAAGAGGGGGAAGCCUGCGCCGACGUCAUCACCCCCGCCGACUAUCACUUCCUCCUCCCGGCUCCCAUCCCCCUCCUAGCCGCGGCCGGCCACCGCCGCCUCCACCUCUGCCCCCGCGCAAUUCCGCACCAAUCGCGACGCGAAUCGGCCGCCGGAAUCCUCGGCCCCGCAGCAUUCGAUGCGCGGCGCUAGGUCUGGUCAGGCCGAGCGAGUUUAAUUAGCAGAGGAGGCUAGCCCUAAUCCAUGGCGGGGAGCUUCCGCGAGGGCGCGGGCCCGGGGGACGUUCCCCCGCCCCCGCCCACCCCCACCCCGCCGCUUGCGCAGUACCUCUCGCCGGACCCGCUCACCUGGGGGACCGACCCCAAGCAGCAGCACUGGCGCCACGCCGAGCUCAGGCGGGCGCUCGCCACGGAGGACCAUCAGACCGACGAGCUCAGGCGGAUCCGCGCCAGCGUCGCCGACUCCACGGGCAAGGCCAGGGAGAAACUCAGGUCGCUGCAGGAGGCCAUCCAGAAGCUCGACAGGUACAAGAACAUUGUCACCCGCAAGCGCCAGAGAAGUGAGUCGGGGGCGGAGAAGCCCGGGAGCAGCUCAUCGGGUGCACUGAGGAUGGGAGCGCAGAACAACUCUGCGGUCAUGAGCAAACGUGUUCGCUCGUCGCUCACAGAUAGCCGGGUGGAAGGGCGUGGCAGUGUUCCUACAAGACAAGGUCCUUUGGUUAGUAAUGAGAAAAGUUCACCUGUGGAGAAGGAAAAGAGCUGUGCAAGAGCAUCUAGUACAGUAUCAGGGCUUUCUGAAGACAAAUUGCGGGGCUUAUCUACUGGAGGUGAAGGGUGGGAAAAGAAGAUGAGACGCAAGCGCUCUGUUGGUACAAUGCUCAGCAGAGGCAAUGAUGCUGACCGAGAUGUCAAGCCUGUGGGUCAACAUAGACCAGCCAAUGAAGUGCGUCCACGAUCUAGUGAUGGCCUUGCAUAUAGGCAUGGAGCUUCUACCGGAGCAUUAGCAGGUAACAAGUUGGAUGGCAAUUCUCAGCAGAAUAACACUGUACCCCGUAUUCCAUCCAAGACAGAUGUGGAUUACACCACACCAAAUGAAAGAAGAGAGCGGCAUGCUGGAAUUGAAAAAGACAAGACUAUGGUAAAAGGAAACAAGGCACAUACUUCUGAGGAUAUGCAAAAUGGAAGCUUAAGUCCCUUGCCCAAGGCUAAAGCAUGUAGGGCACCAAGAACCAGUUCACUUGUUUUGAAUUCAUCUUCUAGUUUCCAACGUUCAACUGGUGGAAGUGAUGAAUGGGAAGAAACACCUUACACAAAUAAAGCCUCACCUUUAGCAGGCAUGUCAAACCGCAAACGUUCCACACAUUCAAAUGCUUCCUCACCUCCAAUUGCCUGGGUUGGUCAGCGCCCACAGAAAAUGUCGCGGACAAGAAGAGCGAAUGUUGUUUCUCCAGUAUCAAAUUUUGACGAAGUCUUAUCUGAAGGAUCACCACUUGAUACUGCUGGCAGAUCAGCACCUAUGGAGUCUGGCAAUGUCUUGCUUACAAAAAAUGCACCAACAACAACCAAAAUGGACAACAUCUCAUCUCCAGCUGGGUUGUUCGAAAGUGAGGGAUCGGCUGCUACCGAAAGCAAGGCCAAAGAGAAACCUAUGCAUAGUGGUGAAGUAGGGAAUGAGAGUGCAAAUGCAGCCCAUAAUGUAACAGGUUUAGUAUUUCCAUCAAAUAAAAAUAGGAUUCCUUUGAAAGAAGAACUCGAAGAUGGUGGUGUUCGCCGUCAAGGAAGGAGUGGAAGAGGUACUAUUCAUGUUAAAGGGUGUUCUUCCAUAUCAAAAGAAAAAUUGGACUCCACUGAAACAAGAAAGCCUCUAAAAGGUGGAAGGCUUGGACCUGAAAAGAACGACAGUAAGGUUGGUCGACCCCCGAUGAAGAAAGGCUCUGACCGCAAAGCUUCAUCCUGGCACUCGCAGACACUAAAUUGUGAGCGUGUAGAUAUUACAGCUGAACCCGAAGAUGACCGAGAGGAGCUUUUAGCUGCUGUGAACGCUGCUCGCAGCGCUAUCGUUGGUGCAUAUUCUGGCCCUUUUUGGAAGAAAAUGGAACCCAUGCUAACUUUUAUAAGCUCUGAAAAAUUAUCAUUCUUAAAAAAUCAGAUUAACCUUGUUGAAGAGCUUGAGAUGAGCUUGUCCUGCAUGCCAGAUGGUGAACAUAAUGUGAUAGCAUCCAGUGAUUACAGAAGACUGCAAAAGAUGGAGGAGCAUUCAUCUCAGGUGCUGGCUCCAUCUACUUUUUCUCUCUCAUCUGAGCAAAGCAAAACCAAUGGAGUUGGAACGAAAGGAUCUAUUGACAGUUUUCUCCCUAGUGAGGGAAACCACAGCAUUGGACCACAGAAGGUGGAAGCUGAUAAAUGGUUUAAUGAAAUAGCCCCAGUGGCACACAGACUCCUUUCAGCUUUAAUUAUGGAAGAUGACUUAUCUGAUUCGAAUGGCAUGCAAAGAGAUAUGCUUGUUGAAUUUCCAGAUAGCCACAUUCCUUACACUGUCAACAGAUCCUUAGAUAAUGAACUUCAAGCUAGUGCAGUAAGAUCAAAUUGUGGGUCGAGUGUAGAUUUCACACACUCAAACAGUACUUCAGUAGUACAUCAGAGCCUUUGCAAUGGAUUUACAGCUUCCAGCAAUUUCAUCAUUUCAAAUAGUGAAACUACGGUUCAUAGUGGCAAUUUAUUAGAUGGAGCCAAUCUUACCGUAUACCCAGAAAGUGUCCCUUUGCAUGAGUUCAUACCACAGAUUUCACACCAAUAUCAAAAUCCAGGAAAAAGUUUCCCUUUGUCUCCAUAUGACUACCAGUACGGGCAGAUGUCUGUGGAUGAUAAGAUUUUGAUCGAGCUCCAGAGCAUCGGCAUUUGCCCGGAGACAGUGCCAAAGCUAGAUGAUGGAGAGCACGAAGACAUUAAUAAAAUGAUUUUGGAGUUGAGGAAAAGGCUGCAUGACCAGGUGGCGCAAAAGAAAUGCAGGUUACAUAAGUUAGAUAAAGCAAUUCAAGAUACAAAAGAUAUCGAGGAGAGGAGCUUGGAGCAACAUGCGAUGAACAAACUGGUUGAAAGGGCAUACAGAAAACUUAAGGGUGGGCGAGUUGGCUCUAGUCAUAAGGCUGGUGUCAGUAAGUCUGCCAAUAAGGCUGCAAAACAGCUCGCUCUGGCUUUUGGCAAGCGUACUCUUGCUCGAUGCCAGAAAUUCGAUGAAACAGGGAAAAGCUGCUUCAGUGAGCCUUCUCUUUGGAGUGUGCUAUCUGCACCUUUGCCAAGCAGUGAUCCAAAAACCACCGAAGGUGUAGAGAGGCUGAAGCCUCAAAAGCUUGACAGAACUCCAUUUGAUCAAGGUGGCACAAAAUGGAAAAGGAGUGAUAAGGAAAGGGAUCACAACAGAGAUGCAUCUGCAAAGGGUUCUGGCUUAAAAUCAGGGCGUCAUUCAUCAGGCAGUGGGAGGAGUGGCGAACGUAAAAACAAGACAAAGCCAAAGCAAAAGCUAGCGCAGCUAUCAACAUCUGGGAAUGUGCUUGGUAGAGUGGUGGAGCCAUUUUCAGCACCGGCAGUGCAAGAGCCCCCUGCACCUGCGAGUGAGAAAAAGACUCAACAUCCAAGAAAUAAUUCCAGCAAUGCUGCCCAGCGAUCCGCCGAUGCUGCCCUGCCAAACUUGCCUGGAUUAGAUGAUAUAUUAGAUGUUCCAGGAGGGCUUGAUGAGCAGGGCAAUGAUAUCAGUUCAUGGUUUACUGAUGGCCUUGAUGAAUCAUUGGAUAUUGAUCUUUCAGGCGCCCUAGAAAUCCCAGAUGAUGACCUCACUCAGCUGGGAUUUAUGUAAGACAAACCAAUUGUUUAUCAUGUGCAUAUGUUGGGAGUGUGGAUAUCAUGUUUUGCUUAUCUAAUCGUAGAGCUAAUCGAUUAAUAUCCUCUGCCACAAUCUGGUAGGGCAGAACUUGUAACUAGGCUGGUCGAUUUGUCUCGGUGUCCUCAAUCAGUCGGGAGUUGCUUGUUUUGGCUUACGGCAGAUGAGGUACUCGAUUCUUGUAGCAACAAGAACAUGGUGAAUGUGCUAAUGGCAUCUUCUAGCCUGUCUUA